AUGGAACAAUACAAGCGGUUCGAAUACCCUCCCACACGCCGGGAGGCAGGAAAGGGUAGCCUGUUUAACGGCCACGACUUUGAUGUCUACGAGAACGAAGAGUGGCCUGAGAGGCUCAGCUUCUUCGAGGCGGCAUUACUGACUCGCUGUUUAUUUGUGGACGAAGCGAAACUCAUCUCAUGUUUCGAGACAAGAAACGUCACAGCUCACGAAGACGUUGCUGAGAUCUCGUUUUGGCAGGGCCAAUGCAAGGGAUCCAGGCGUUCAGGAAGCCAUCAUACGAGUCUUUUUGUCACAGAGCCGCCGUUCAGGCGGAAAGGCCGUUUAUCCUUUUACUGGCAAGGUGCCGCUUGUUUGCAAGGAUGGGCGAUGAGAGUUUGCAUGCAGUUGUUGACAGCGGCGGCGAGCCAAGGCGCCGGGCCAUCAGUUGCCUUCAGAGACUCUGCGUCAAAAGUCAAAGUCAUGAUUGCCGAGUGGAUGGGACAAACACGGCCACCAAAUGUGAUUGCCCUGGAAAAGAAGGGUCUUCCGGUCGUUGGCCCUUCUGAUCUGUCGAAUAUUACUGAUCAUGAAGACAACGCAACGGGUGAUGUGGGCCAGAACGGUCCAGAAGAUAUCGUCAGUGUCAACAUAAGGACUGAGUCGAUCGUGACACCCGAAGAGGGCUGGCAGCUUGGUGUUGUGGACAGGAAAGAGACAAUCUCAGAAUGGUGUUUUGAAGUUGUUCCAGAAGGAAAGAAGUUCGCGCCGGCCCCACCCACCGGCCCCUUCCUUCCCCAGAAAUACCACCUGCCUCGGAGCCAUUCCCGUCGAUCUCCCUCUCCACCCACAGGGGUUCCUUCCGUCUUUCCUGGAGAAUUGCCCGGUGAAGCACUUACACGACCACGGUUUGCUGCCACCACUGCAUCGUCAAACUUCACCUUGCUUCAUCACACCCUCAUUCAGCUCUGCCUCACUCUCGGGUUUUCCUAA